CCACUCCCCAUGAACUACAGCUCCAUUCCCCAAGAUGGCGACCCAAUAUAGCCGAAUACUAGAGCUGGCAAAGGUCCAGUGCCGUAUCUUCUCACAAAACUUCAACCCAGAAAGGCUACGGCUGGGAAACAAAGUCUUACGGCAAAGACUACGCGGUCCAAGUCUGGCGGCAUGGUAUCCGAAAAAGACGGUUUCCUUCCGUGAUUUGCAAGCCACCUAUAAGCCCCUUGGGUUGACAAUGUUCGAUGAAGGGGAGGAUGAUCGGGAAGAAGCCAUUCAGAUUGCCAAACUGCGAGGGAAGGGCAGGCCCAAGAAGAAGAGGACAGCGGCAGAGUCACGAUCGGCCAAGAAGAAGAAAUGAACUCCACUCUAGCCUAUAUCUCAGCCUUCGUCACGGGUCAUGGACAUUUCGCGUAUAUAGAGUCAUCGUAUUGCAGAGUUUACACCAGUUGUACUGUACUUCUAUCGUAUCUGUAGGCUCGUUUGAUACACGGAACAUAGACCAAGACAUCAAUCCUACAUUGCGCGCU